AUGGAUGCAAAACUGGUGAAAGUUCGCAUGCUACUCGGUGAUACAGACCGCGCCAUGCUACCACUCUCCGCCCAGCUGGCUUCCUCCGAUCCCCAGUAUGAAGGAGUGCAUGCCGUGCUGUCUGUCUGGCUCGGCACGGCGUGCGAACGUCGCGAAGGAACCGGCGAUGCGGGUGCCUCUUCCUCUUGCACCAUUCCAAAGGGCGUCAAUCUCGGCACCAUAAAGCUAUCGCCUGCUGCAGCGCUGGUUUUAGUAUUGACAAGAGACGAGGACGAUGCUGCCCUUGUUGCAGUAUCAUAUCGAUGA